GCGUGGUCAGUACUAUUAGACUGAAACAAAAGCCACAAAAUUUUUUCAAAAAGGUUCUCACUCUGCUGCUUUUUGAAUCCUCACCAUCACCGAUACGAGAAAACAAAACGGAAAAAUUAUGAAAGGAGCCAAACGUUUUGUAGUCUCGGACUCGGCGCCGGACACCAACGACACGGCUUUGCGGAACAAAAGAAUAAUGGCAGGAUCCUCUUUUGAUGUUCGUAGGGCAGAACCAUCUGAACAGCAGUCAACUGCUAUGCCACCAUUGGAUGUGCACAGGGCUGAGUCUUCUCGACAGCAUGUGAGAGCUCUCAAUACUCAAUUUGCCAGUUGGGUGCAAGCACAACUGAAGAAUCACCCAGAUGAAAUUUGGGAAGAUGGGGUUCGAGACUACCUUGCUCAUGCUUCAAACAUUAUGGAGAAGUUCAGUGAUGUUGUGAAGUGGCUCAAAACAAAUACUGUAAAAGGAGGAACUGCUGCUGAAUCUCUUGGUGCUGAAAAGAAUCUAGUGCCUGAAGUAAACAACAAUGAGAGUAAGCUAUUUCAGGGGAAAACUGGAUUUGUUUCACCAAGUACGAAUACAAGCUUUACUGCAUCAUGUAGCUCUGGUUUAUUCUCCAGCAAUCAAAGCUCUGGAGGAGUAUUCUCUAGUAGCCAAAGCUCUGGUAUGCUCACCAGUAAUCAAAACUCUGGUUUAUUCUCCAAGAGUCCAGGCACUGGAUUCCAUAGUUCUGGAUUAUUCUCCAACAGUCAGAGCUCAGCACUUUCUUCUGCCAAUCAAAGCAUUGGAUUGUUCUCCACCAGUCAGGGCUCUGCGGGUUCUUUCACUAAUCAAAGUUCUGGAUUGUUCUCCAACAGUCAGAGCUCUGGACUUUCUUCUGGUAAUCAAAGUUCUGGAUUUUUUUCCAGCAACCAAAGCGCAGGAGUGUUUUCCAGUACUUCAACCCCUAGUUUGUUUGGGAGUCAAAACUUGGCUUCCACAAACAAUAACACUUCAGAUGACGUCGAUGAUGAAAAUGAACCAGAGCAACCCAGCAGCCCAUCAGUCAAAAAGUCUGAAGAGAAGGGUAUUGUUGUAGUUCAUGAAGUCAAGUGCAAGCUGUAUGUCAAGUCAAGUGAUCCAGCAGACAAAGACACAUGGAAAGACAAAGGUACUGGGCAGCUUUCUAUCAAAUGCAAAGAGGAUGUUGGCAAGGGGACAAAAGAAUCCAAACCAACGAUAGUUGUCCGAAAUGAUGUGGGAAGAGUGUUAUUAAAUGCUUUGCUAUAUCCAGGAAUCAAGACAAAUGCACAAAAGAAUUCCCUCGUUGCAAUAUUUCAUACUGCGGGUGAUGAUGGUGGCAAUAGUGAAAAUGUGGUGGCACGCACCUUCUUAAUUAGAACAAAAACAGAGGAGGAUCGAAAUAAAUUAGCAACAGCAAUACAAGAAUAUGCUCCUGCAUCAUGAAAUUAAUUGAAUGACAUGAUCCUCAAAUUUUGCAGUGAUGAGCUUGUUAGGAGCUAAGCCAACUUGUUUGGGGAGCCAAAAAUUAACUGGGGUCAAUUUUCAUAAUUUGGUCCCGUUAAAUUAAUUGUAUUUAAAUUACUUGUACAAUGAGAGAAAAAAAAAAAUGAUCCAUUUAAACAUUAAAAUUAUAUGGUAUUUUCUUGUUAAAUGAUGUAUAGCAGUUUUCAUUUGUAA